UCUCUUUUGAUUACGUGUGAGUUGUACGCGUGAUUCGCAGUCAGCGUGUUUUUUUUUUUUUUUAACAAUUGGUGCUCCGUUGUUUCAUCGAGUUAGAGAAGUUUUCCGAAGGACCGGCUCGGCUCGGCCCGUUGGCUGUGGUUCGGUCGAAGCACAGGGGUCCAAUUAGAGGGAGACACACGGCGACUUCCGUUCUGAGACGGUCGACUUCGCGAAAGUGGAGCGGCUACGCGGGAUCCGGUUUCGGAAGGACGGAAAAAUAUGAGCAUCUCGUAAAGUCGGUUAAAGUGCAGCUUCAGACACCUUCAGAAGGGGUAUACCAUGGAGACCGAAGAACUCACUAGGCUCGUAGAUGAGAUCUACAAGAACAUCUUGGAUAAGUUCAAUCCAGGCGCGAGGCAGCUGAUCAACGCCGGCAAGGCAUAUUUGAAGGCCCUUCACGGUGCCGCAGCCGCAUCCCGCGUCUACGUGGACGCAUUGUCUCGAUUAGCACGCCAGGCGCAACUGGGGACGUGGGGUGGUUCCAAGGAUGUCGGAUUCGCGCUGAUGAGGAUCGUCGAGGUCUACAAGGAGAUCCAGGAGCAGGAAAUGAAUAUCUUGAAGGCGUUCUACGUCGACCUACUGGUCCCACUCGAGACGAACCUGGAAAAAGACACCAAGGUCGUUCAGAGCGAGCAGAAGAAGUUUCUUCAGCAGCACAAGACCAGAUCCGAAACGUACAGUAAAGCAGCAGCAACGAUGAAGAAGCAGCGAAAAAAGUCGAGGGGUGCUAGCAAGAGUGGACUCGCCAUGGACAAAGAGCUGAAGAAUAUGCAGAUUCUUGAGGAGGAGAAGUCCAAGCUGGACGCGUUUUGUGAGCAGAGCUUGAAGAACGCGAUGACACAGGAACGAAGGAGGUACGGCUUUGUUCUCGAGCGACAAUGCUCCUUGGCGAAACAUUAUGCGAGUUUUCAUGAGGUCGCGUUAGCUGCUCUUCAUCCCUCGGUUGAUAAGUGGCGCGAGGUGGCUGCUACCAGGGAAUACUUACCCCAAUCCGUGGAAGAUAUGUUCGCCUCAAGACUUAGGCAAGUUUCAUUUUGGCCAGAAGACGAAGAAAAUGGCGGCUCAGAGCUUACGAUGAGCUCACAAUUGAGGAAGACCAGAAGCAUGGACAGCUCUUGCUUGGAGCUUCGACCUGGACCACCAUCCGGAAACGUGUCGAGCACCACUUAUCAAGGUCCCUCUUCGCACCUAUCAACUGCUCUGUCUAGAGCAAGGUCGGAGGCCAACCUACAUGCUUCAACGUUAUCUUUAGACCCGGAGGUUCCGGAAACCCCACCAAGGCCGAGGUCUAUGGCGCCGCCAGUAUCACGCAACAGCGGCAGCGGAGGCGGGGGCGGCAGUGGUACAGGGGUGAGUUCUGGUGGUUGGGGGGAUGCAUCCCUCGCGAGGGCUCUCUUUGCCUAUUUGAGCUCCGGGGAAAAUCAGCUGAGUUUCCUGGAGGGCGAUCUCAUCGCGCUGAUGGGAGAUCGCCAAAAGGGCUGGCAGUUUGGGGAGAAUCUCCGCACGCAGAGCUCCGGUUGGUUCCCGCUGGCGUACACAGAAAUUAUUCCCGACGAUACUCUUGGAUCGCCGAGUCACGGAACAAAUAAUGGACGGGCAACGGAGCCGCAGGCAGGUCCACCCUGCAAGCCUCCACCCUCUCGGCCACCAGUGGCACCGAGCAACAUGGAUGAAAUGUCGAGUGGUUUCCACGGAGUAGGAAACAACACCGUCAACAACAACAGCGGUACCCCUACUAAUGUACCGAACAGUAACAGUUCUCACAAUCUGGCAACACCUACUGCACGCCAGUCGAAAUCGAUCCGUCCAUCGGGCACGUUGCCCACCGUUUUGGCCGGUGGCCGCAGGAUACAACCACCCGCACCGCCAGUCCCGCCACCUCAGGUGGUGACGUCCCUUCACAGCAGCAACGACAGUGGUUUCUCAAACGAGCCACCGGCGCAACCCGACAUCGACUACAGCGACGACGAGGCAAAGAGACAACGCCGAAGAAAGCCGCGCGCCGAUAGAAUCGCCGAGGCCGCGAAGCAACAGCAGAAGGACGAGAAAUCCAAGGACUGGGAGAACGACUCCUGGAAGACGAUACCCAGGGACGAGAAAAGCUGGCACCUCUACAGAACCGCGAUGGACCUGUGGGCUGAGUCGAACGUCAAUCAGAGCAACGAGAACGGAGGGUACAACACGAAUCGCCACUACGACAGUCAGGAUCGCAAGAACGAGAGGGACUACUCGGAUCGUGGGACAAUGGAGAACGGACAGACGCGGAAGUCCGUGAAGAAGUCGCAGGAGAAGACCCAGAAGAACGAGUACGAUAAUCGUAACCGUAACAGUGCCAAUCGCAAGAACAAGAUGACCAACGAGGAUCAGUCGAGGACCAAUUCCAGAAGGAACAACGAGCAGGAGCAGGAUCGCCGCGAGACGAAAAGAUCCAAGGAGCCCGUGGAGACUGAGGAGGACGAGAUAGAGCUGGAAGAAGAGGAGGAGGAGGACAGUUAUAGCACCAGGAUGGAUUACCAGAAGUACGAUGGGAAAAAGUAUUACGGGGAUAGACCAGACGGCCAAGAGAGGAAUUCUAGACGUAACUAUCACCCUGUGGAACAGGAGGAGCCGAAAUACGAGAACGAGAAGACUUCUUCCGCCUCGUCCUCGGGCACAGACGACGAGAGCACCAUCACCAUCCCGGAAACUGGCAGGAAAGUGGAGCACAUCGCGCAGAAACUGGAGCAAACCGCCCAGAAGUACGCCAGGGAGCACAGCCCGCCGAAAUUCAUCGAGCGGAGGAACGACUACAGGAGUCUCGAGCGCAGGGAGGAGAAACAACCGCCGCCUCCCUACGAGAGGUACAACGACGAGAGAGGUCGUGGACCGCAGAGAUUCGAGCGUGAGAGGGAUCGUUACUUCGAGAAGUCGCCCCCAUCGUCGCAAAAGACUUCUACUUACGAAAGAGAGAGGACUUUCGAAAAGAAUCCCGACAGAAAUAGGAACAUCGAGCGAGCGUCGAGUCGACGCUUCGAGAGACCUAGGCCACCCUCCGAGGAAGCGCCAGAGAGACCUACGGAACCAAGGCAUGCUUACAGGGAACGCAGGUACUCCGAUAAAGAGGAAGCUAUUUACGGGGAGACAAGGUUCGUUCGCGAGGUGUCCGUGGACAAGGAGCGAGGCUACGAGUCCAACUUUGAAACGAAACUGGAGAGGACCAAGGUGAUAGAGAGGCACGGUUAUCAAAACGUGAUCGCGCAGAACAGUCUUCAGAAGUUCAGGAACGGGCCUCAGAGUCUCGAGAAGAACGACACGAAUAACAACACCCUGAAAGACGAGAACACGAAACCUUUGCUGCCUAGGCAGACGACUGCUGUUGGCCAUCUGAUACAAACAGGUAGGGCCUUCGAUGUAGACUCGAAGAGUCCGAAGUUAGUGAAGAGGACGAAGUCGUUCUGGAGGUUCAGGAGGGAUUCCGAUGUCCUGGAGGGCAUGGCGCUCUGGCAGCACAGGUCUCUUGUUGAUAUCCCGAAGAUGAUUAAGAAAGAGGUGAAGGAAGGCAAUGGUAAUUCUACGGAGACGAAGAAGCAGAGUCCUGAGGGCAGUCCCACUUCUCGUCAGAGUAUCGAGACCAGGAACAGUGAUACCACCAUCACAAACGAGACCAGGCAAGACGAACCCAAGCCUGCAGAGAGGAUCCACGUGCCAGAGAAAUCUGACUACUUCGAAGACUUUCCAACUCCCGCCGAAAGACCCAAGGCUGUUGAGAGGUCCGAGUAUCGGAUGCAUCAAGAGGAGAGGUCCUAUUUCAUGGGGAACGUCUCGCGGAAAGCCAUCAUCGAGAAGGAGCGGAAGCGUAGCAUGGAGGCCAAGCGGAACAUGAUUGUCGCAGAGUUGAAGGAGAAUAACGAAGCUAAAAGAAACGAGAGGAGAAAAAAGUACACGGACGAUGAGGACGGUUUGACUCAGAACUUCAGCGAGACCGAGGCGUCCGACGAAGAGUCUACGUACAGCUGCAUCGUCGUCAAGGAUCAAACUGUCUCCGAGAAGACUCUUCUACCAAGGACCAAGCUCCGAAGGGACUCCGAUAGGGAGAGGGAUAAGAACAUGUGUGGACCUUGGUACGAUCUCUGGGGAGUGGACGCCUCGGUGAAUAAAAAGAAGAAGAAGAAGCAGCAGUAAAUCUUUAAAGAAAUUAUCAUGUAUUCUCUGUUUUGUUCGUUCGAGUAUCGGAGGCCAGGUCGAGGCCUCCUCGGUCUCCCGGUGAAUUAUAAUUAUAAUCAUAAUUAUAAUUAAUUCGAUGAAUUUAUCGAACUCGGGGAGACGCUUGCCUCUGGGCUCGAUGAAUCCGAAGCUAACGUGACAAUUGAAACGCGAAACCGUUUUAUGAUUUCGUCCUUGAGAUUUUGUUUUUAUCGUUGAGUUACAUUCCAAUUCGAUCGUCAUCAUGCGUACCUAAUCAUUUCGCACCUCGAAUGACCACGAGUCUCUCAUGUAAUGCUUCCCAUUGCUUGAUCUUUUUUUUUUUUUUAGAGCGUCCUCUCUUGUCUUACUUGUAAGUUUAGUCACCGUUUGCCACGUUUUGCGCUUUCGUCGACGCUCGUUUAGAAACCACAUCGACGCGUUGACGUUAAGCGAGCGCAUGGAGCGAAUCAGAAUGAGACCACGUCGACGUGUGGCUUGUAUGGCGACGGUGAAAACAACGUUAUGGAUGGUGAUUCAAUCAUAACUCUUGUUGGAACCGUCGUUGCAGGAUACUGUUGUAAUUCGUUGAUACCUGGAUUGCUUCUGUAUACUGGCACGUAUUAUGUCGUAGUCGUUUUAUAAAUGUUUGUUUUUUGCUGGCAUAUCACCCUGGCAACCAUUUUGCACGAGUGUGUUGAACAAAGUGUUCAAUGUUUUCUUAUAUGUUAAAUUAGAGAGGAGAACUGUUAGAGAAGAUCUAAGAAUGAAAAGGCAGUUGACUCCAUUGAUGACAUUUGCUUGUGAAAAUUCGUUGUAGCCUCUGCAAGCACUAUUUUUAUUUGAAUAAUGAGUUUUGAAGAACAUCAGGUAUAAAAUGAAAUGAAAUUGCUAAUAAAUUGCUUUUAUGAUGACGUUGGCUUGGGUGGCUGUAUCGACAAUACUCUUAUGGUAGUGUAAUAAAAUAAACAGAAAGAAUUUUUAAGCGAAGCUAAUUUUUAUGUUUGCACGCAGAAGAAAACAUAAUUAAAUUUGUAACGGAACAUGUAGCAGAUUGUGAUUACACAAAAGCGUAAAUAUGUUCUUUCAUUUUCCGUCUUUUCAUUCAUAAAUACAAAUAUUUCAUAUGCACGUGAAACCGAACUUUUUUCUGCCUUUAUUCGAGAAUUUUGUAUUCAUGUUCAACGUUUAAAUGAAAUUCUUGCAUUUAUAUUGAUCAUCCGCCUCGCGCCGUAAACACAGAUAUGCUUUCAACUUGCAUUUUAAAAUUUGUUUCUGACGCAUAUUCUUGUAUUACUUCCCCCUAGCACAUUUAAUUUGAUAUCUACAUGAAUUACCUCUUUGGUAGAUGUUUUUAUAAUUUUUCAUGAACAUAAAAUAUUACUAGAUCUGUGCAUGCACAUGUCUAUCAUUUUGAGAUAUUUGUCCAACAAAUUUUAAUACAAAUUCAGCUUGCAGAGACUACCACCAAUUUUUAUAAUUUCAUUCGGAAUUACUUCCUUAAUAUAACCCUAGAUGUUCGGUACAUCUAAAAAAUUCUUCAAAAUCUACGAAUCUUCGCACGUUUAACUACAGUUUAACAAAUAUUUAACAGUUUUUAUUAAUGAUUUAUAUGAACUUCAUAGAGAAUAAAGUAGCGAGAAAUGUUCUUUCUCAUUUACGCUCCAAUAAUUCCCGAAUCAAACGGCGCGAAGAAAUGCGUCAGAAGCAGGUAUACACGCAUCGAUGAUUCAAAUUAACGUGUCAUUAGCUACGAGUGCCGCACACCAAUACCUAACGAGUGGGGAAAAUACUUUGCCACGUCAAACAAGAACGACAGUGUAAACCUGUUUCUGUGUGAACGAUCUAAACGCGAAAUAUAAUGCGCAAACAUUCACUCGCUAAUCGUGUAAAUUGGUUUCCGGUGUUGUUUGUUGGCAUGGCUGGUUCAUUUGAAUAUAUUGUACGUAGAUGUCAUGAAAAGUUUAAUUCCGUUCCCACGGUGUUCCAUAGCGAUACGCUAAAACCUUGUUUAUCGAGUCGCGUUUAAUAUUUGGCAACGCUUAUUCGCCCGCAAGUAAAUGGCCGUUAUCGUGUUACCGUUUUUAAGCGGUGUUCGAGUUUUUCUCGUUAUAAACUUCGUUAAAUACUUUCACAUUUAUUUAUUUGUUUUGUUCUCUUUCCCUCUCCCGAGGAAUUCAUUCGCGAUGCCCGCGUGUCUCGUUUUAUUAUAUUUUCUCGCGGCCAUUUGGUAAAAUUUGAACGCUAACGAGCAUUUCGUUUCCGACCAGUAUACGUACGAAUUUACCGUUUUAUUUGCGUUUACUUCUGCCAAUGUUUGAACGACUGUUAUACAUAGUUGUUUGUGUUUUUCGCGAUGUAUGGCGCAAGUUCGCGAUAGCAGGUUCGUAGGUCUCGCGCACACUUAACCGGUUUCGUUUUGCGACCGUAAUGUAGAGCCGCGCGAAAUAAUAGGGGCAGUAUUUUUUAUACUCUACGUUUGGAAACGAAGUGGCGGUUUGAAGUUAGGUUGAAAUUCUUCGAAUUGUUUUCUGUUCGAUUAUUCUAUGGAUGUAAGUGUUUGAGUAUUUAAGUACAUGAAAAUUAUUAUUUGAAUAUUAUUAUUCACUUAUUGAAUUAGUGAAUAAUAUUAUUCGUUAUUGUUCAUACACAGUUUGAAUUAUUUAUUAAAUCAAAUAUCUAGAUUCUGGAUAUUUGAUCGAUUUUAUAAAAUAUUCCAAUGUAUGAACAGAAAAUAUUCGACAAGAAAUCUCAGCCCUAAUAUAAAAUCGUUACAAAGAUUAAGUUUUUGAGAAGUCAUUUGUAAUGAUUCAAGGGGUUGAAUAAGUCCCACACAAUUUUUUCUCUGUCCCUCGAAUAAUGUUAUCAAUUAUUGUCCUUUUUAGCGAAUAAACAAAAUUCUUUCCUGAUUAACCUCUUGAAUUAUUACAUUUUAACGCGAUGAACAUUAUAAAACAUAGCAGUAGAGAAAUAACAAGAAAUUUCAGUUUGGUUCAUUGCAUUAAAUUCCCGUCACCGUUCCGUUCUUCUAGGGCAAACAUAUUCGCAACAGUAAAGCUGCGCAAAACGAAGACGAACGAUCGCUCGGCGCCGGCGUUGUCAUGAGAUAAGCUCUUCAUCUAGAUUACUUUCCUCGUGUGAUGUUAGAUGUACCGACAAAGAGGGUGUCUCUCCGUUCGAGAGACAACAGUUCCUUUCAUGCAAAAGCUUCCGAAGCGAGUGCUUCAGGGAUCUUCUUCACACGGCGUGGAUGUCCGUCCAGCGAACACGUCUGACUUUAAUCCUCUAUGACUACUCUGUCCAAAGAGUGUAGACAAAGAGUCGUCUACACGGCGCGAGCGAAGUCUGCUUCAUUCUGAGAAUUCUACGUCCCCGCGGCGCAUUAUCGAGGAAACCUUAGCUUCGAAUCGAGACUGUCUCACGAUCCGUCGAUGUAGCAAUGAAAGAUAAGUGGAAUUUUUAGGGACCAUUUCGCAAUCGGUGACUACGCGUGAGGUUUCACGUUCACUUGCGAUUUUUGACACGUUUUUUAGCCGUCAUAGAGGAUUGAAGAAUAGUCCUCGAAACGAAGGACCAUAAACAUGUCUGCUUCGUCCAGGUAAGGCAUUGGCAAAUCAUAUCUUCUCCAUUUUCUUUCCGAUGGUAUUCUACUUUAGGAGACGAUUAUUGAUCUCCCACGCGAGUGUUUUUGUUUCUUUUUAUAUUGAGAAUUAUUUCAUUCCGCUUAGACGAGGGGUGCGAACAUUCUACGUUUUAGUUUUCUGUUGAAUUUCGUUUGAAAAUUUCAUUCUUUUGGUAGUAUUACUCUUAUUAGAGACGAUUUCUUAACCCUUAAAGUGGCUGUAAAACCAAUACUGUUAUAGUAGGGGAGUGUAAGUUAUUUUCUAGAAUAGUUCUCCUCUUCCUUCCCUCAGGAAUAUCUUCUUGCGCACCGUAAUUGCCGCAGUGACGCUCUCAGAAAUUCCUUAUUUCAGGUCUCUUAGAUAAUUGCUUCGAUUUAGUUGUCCCUGUAUUUAUUAGAGUGUCCAAGAAAAUAUUGCUAUUUUGUGUGUCCUGAAAAUGUGGACAAUUAAUUAAAGAAUAUUGAACUAUUAGAAAGAGUGAAGGGUGUAAUAUUAUCUGGGACACCCCAAGAGCAAAUUCUGAUUCCUACAAAUUCCUCGUCCUCGUAGUCAUCGAUAACACUUUAAUUUCUUUCUCUUUGAGCUCGAAGCUUCGGCUCCAUCCCCUAGAUCUGCUCGAAGUGUUCGAGCAUUUCAGAUUCAAUCGGUUACUUGCUCUUGUGAUUUUAUUUCUUCCAACGUCGCACGAUCCGCAUACAAUCCGUUAUUUUUAUCGAACUUUCGAUACACUCGCGCCUCGAACGACAGUUUAUUUCCGGCUAAGUUAAUCCAUGAGCCGUUUCCUCUCCUUCGACGACUUCGUGUCGCGCCAUCACGAAAUGAAACUUUCAUUCGAGACGUCGUAAAGCUGCUUUACGCUCCCGCUCACGAGUUAGGGCUCAUAAAAUUUCACUUCUCAUUUUUUCCCCUUUCGUCGACGGGAUGUUCUCUGGCACCCCGUGCUUCCGCGUCGCGACACCUUUUCCACGACUGUCGUCGAUUCUUAGACCUGUUCGUCCGUGAAUAAAAUUAAUUAUUUCCGGAUACGUAUCGCUCGGGUUUCCAUAAUAAAAAUAUCCCAAGUCCUUCGUGGUUCUUUCAAUUUAACUUUUUGACCUUAAUAUUUUGUUGUUAGUUUGUUGAGUUACUGGAUUGGCACAUGAAUUGGUUUGUUUUUUUUUUCAAUCGAAACUUAACAAAAUCAAGUGUAAUUUAUAUAAAUAUAAAAUCAAAUAGAAAUAUCACUGUGAUAAUAAUGCAUCGAAAUAGGAAAAGCAUUGUGGACAGCCGACCAACAUAUUCCACGUUUAGGUGAAAUACUAAAGUCGAAAACGUUAGGAUAAACGCUUGGGAGGGCCAUGAAAGGCCUUGGACGUGAAAAUAAACCUCAAAGAAAGAGGGACAAAGCAGUCCUGGGGUUUUCCUUCCCUGAUGUGGAUCGUGCGUUGUUUCCACGCGGAAAACGUUGCUUUCCAGUUCGUGAGUUUUGUUAACUCGACGACGUGCUUCGUUUCCUGUUCCUACUUCCUCACUUCCGUUCCGUUGGUGACGCACUUUGUCGUGAAACGACAUGCGCCCGUCAUAGUGUGUUUCUUUAGCGGAGAGCUGAAGAGAAUGUCCCUGGAUUGAAUUCAAUUUUAUUUCCUAGAAUUAUGUAAUCAUAAGAUGAUACACAUCGUGUGAAUCCUUUUCAAGGGAAAGACUCAACGUUUUUAAAUAGUUCAAAGAAGUUGUGGGAAUGAGCUUCGUCUCAACCUGACGGACAGUACUAAAUAUGCAAUUAUAUUAUUUAAAGUUUAUUUGUUACGUCUACAAUUUUUUACACGUAGCAACAUAUUGCUGCAAUUGACCAUCCUAUAAAAGUUAAUUGAAAUCUAAAGUGAACAGCGGUUCCCUUGCCAGAGGCAUUCUUCAUACCUGUCCGCAUUAUGCGUUUUUGAUUUCGUUAUAUUCGAGAGCGAGCGUUCGAGUAUUUGCGGUGAACAACCUGCCGAGAAAACGAUGAAGAUCAUAAAAUAUAAAUUGUUAGAAAGACAAAGUUCUUUAGUAACAAGGAAAGUUUCCAUACUCCCAGGUUCUUCAACUGGGAAUCUCAAGAAAAAAUUUCAAUUUACAGUUUCCAGUCUUCGAGGCUGUUGUUUAUUAUUUUGUUUUGGUCAAGAAUAUCUUUAGUUAUGCAUGCUUGCAUCUUUAAAGAAAUUCAAUACGAUUUUAUACACUUUUGAGGAUAGAUCGUCGUCAAUAGGACUUGAUUUUCACAGAAAAAAUUCACACUGCCGUCGCAGCUCAAUGUGCGUUUACAUCGUCCUUCAGAAAUGGGGAAAAUUUUAUUCUUAUAAUGACUGACGAAUAAAAAUAACAUAUUGCAACUUUUGGUUAUUUGAUGCUCACGUAAAGAUAUAAAUUUUCCCCGUCUCUUCAGCCACGCCAUUUGUCAAACGAGAUUAAAAUUUCGAGAAUUUUAUUCGUUAGAUCUCUAAGACAAUUUUGUACCGCAAAGAAAAUCUGCGUCAUUUUGUACUUUGAAGAUUGUUGGUCCUCGAACCAUCGUUUUUAGAUUGAUAAGAAAAUUGUAAUGUUUUGUAAUAUAAAAAUUAUAUCCACUGCUUUGACAUUUCUACCAUUAAAAUUUUAUAGAGAUCAGCCUAGAAGUUGCUUUUUGCUUUCUCGAAAAGCUCUCGUCACUUUCUUACCAAUCUAAUACACUUUCUCGCUAUGGCAUCCGGAUCAAUUGCGUGGAUGUUAUUAAAACAGAAAACUGCCAGACAUAUGUAAACAAAGAAUGUCAUCUUCACGAAUAAUAGGGACCCGAAGAUAUCGUUCCCUUUCGAUGAUGAAUUUUUACUGCGAACGUUUUUAGCGAUUACUGCCAGGCAUUCCAGCGCACCUCGAUCCCCGCGACUCUUCCGAGGCAUCGAAAGGCUUCCAUCAACGAAGUACGAUAGUCGUAAAACAUCGAUCAACCCAGUAAGCAGUUAGGUAUAUUGGCGCUCCAGCAAUGGGACAUUCGAGCGACAAUUAGUCUCACGGUCAUUCCUAGGCGUCUGAAUUCCAGACGGUCGCGUAAUUGUAAAUAAUAAAUCAUACUUCCUCGGACACACGUAUUACCGUUCUUCCACUUUGACAUGUAUUACUACACACUGACACGACAACACAGAGGCGUGCAGAUAGGACAGGGACCACCAAAUGAGCUUGGAACGCACUUCGUGGAGAAAAUGAACGUUUUCAGGAAAAAAAGACGUAUUUCUUCUCAAACGUUUGUUAAUAUAGGUAGGCGUUCGUCAUUUAUCAUUUAUUAACGCAUUGACUACCACGUCUUGUGUAUGUGUGGUAAGUGACACUGAUGUUUUGAUACUCACCUCCUUUUUUAAAAUUAUGCGAAAAUUUAGUGGGUCAAUGGUAAUUCAAGAAAUUUUGCUUGUAAUCGAUGUGAAUUUUAAUGAAUCUCAUAACAUACGAAUAUCCAAUUGAUUUGUGAAAACAAAAGUUCAUUCAAUUAUUCAAUUUAAAUUUUUUAGUUACCAUUGUUUUAUAAUUGUACUGCAAUCAAUGUGAAUUGAUUACAAGCAAAAUGUGUUGCUUGUAAAAGUAUUUACAAGGUAUUAUUCUUAAUAUUAUUGGAAAUUGUACUUUCUUGAAAAUAUAAAUAACGAAAACAUUCGGAGCACAUGAAUUAAUGGAAAUACGUGGGUGCACGGAUCGCAUGGAAUGCACUCGGUGCAAAAUUUCCUCCUCGGUAUGCACGAUUCCAGUGCUCAUUUUGGCGAUCCCCGGUGUAAAUUACAUACCUUCAGAAGGAAAUAUGAAAAUAGUUAAAAAAAAGUAAAGGGUUUAGGGCAAUUUCUUUUGUAAGUGCAUUAGAUAAGCGAUGUGCGCAUACGAGCGAGUCCAGAAACGAAGAUGUUAAUAUACUAUAAAUAUACAUAUUAUAUCGGUGAGCGUACCGGAAGUAGAAAGGAUAGUAACGAAGCCAGCUCGUUUCGCGAUGGGAAUUCUUACGUGGUCGAAUUUUCGGAUCGAUGGAACGUGACGGAUUUCGACUGCCGCUUUCGGUGGCUCUUUAUGGGUAGUCUAGGGAAAACGAAAUGAUGAAAUUGUUGUAAGAAGAACCAUGUAUACAUGCAUAUACGUUAUAUAUAUAUAUUAUUGUUAUUAUAUUAACGUUUUUUGUGCA